CCUUCUCUCGAAUCAUUCGUUUCGCGACGCGUAGACUUGCCGGCCGGCCUCUGUUGCACUCGCCCGGGCUCAUUCCCAUCGCGUCCGCUAGCCGCACCGCUCCGAUCGCACCACCUAGCCGAACACCUCGCCAGCAAUGACGGAGAGCACGGACACCCCCGCGGCAGCUGCGCCUGAAAAGACUCCCACUGAGAAUGGAACUACUGAAACUCCUCCUGAGGAGACCCCAGAAAAGGCAACUGAAGAAAAGGAAAAGGAGACUCCACCACCCAAGGAGAUGCGCGCAGUCGUCCUCACAGGCUUCGGUGGACUCAAAACUGUCAAGAUCCUGAAGAAACCUGAGCCGAAUGUUGGAGAAGGCGAGGUCCUUAUUCGUGUGAAGGCAUGUGGUCUCAAUUUCCAAGAUUUGAUUGUGCGGCAAGGCGCCAUCGACUCGCCCCCCAAGACACCGUUCAUCCUCGGCUUUGAAUGCGCCGGAGAGAUCGAGCAGGUCGGCGAAGGAGUCACCAACUUCAAGGUUGGCGACCAAGUGGUAGCCCUUCCAGAGUACAGGGCAUGGGCUGAGCUCGUGUCCGUGCCCGCGCAGUACGUGUACGCGCUGCCUGAAGGCAUGACGGCGUUGGACGCUGUGGCUGUCACCACCAACUAUGUGGUGGCUUACCUGCUGCUCUUCGAGAUGGCCAACCUCACGCCCGGCAAGAGCCUGCUUGUACACUCCGCAGGAGGCGGCGUGGGUCAAGCAGUAGCCCAGUUGGCGAAGACGGUGGACAACGUGACGGUGUUCGGCGUCUGCUCGAAGACCAAACACGAGGCUCUGAAGGCUAACAACAACAACAUUGACCAUCUGCUCGAACGCGGCAGUGACUACACCAGCGAAGUCAGGAAGGUAUCUGCCGAUGGCGUUGACAUCGUGCUGGACUGCCUCUGCGGCGAAGAAUGCAACCGCGGUUACCAGCUCCUGAAGCCAAUGGGACGAUACAUUCUAUAUGGAUCAUCUAACAUCGUGACCGGCGAGACGAAGAGUUUCUUCAGCGCCGCGCGUGCCUGGUGGCAAGUGGACAAGGUGUCGCCCAUCAAGCUGUUCGACGAGAACAAGAGCCUGGCAGGUCUGAACCUGCGGCACCUGCUGUUCCAACACGGUCGCGCUGACUACGUGCGUCGUGCUGUUGAACGCGUCUUCGCGCUCUGGGGCGAGGGCAAGGUUAAGCCGCUGGUAGACUCCACUUGGGCGCUUGAGGAUGUCGGUGAAGCCAUGCAGAAGAUGCACGACCGCAAAAACAUUGGCAAGCUUGUGCUCGACCCGUCCCUGGAGCCCAAACCCAAGCCAGCGACCCCUGCCAAGGGCAAGUCCGGCAAGGAGAAGAAACCAGCCAAAGAGAGCUCCGAGGACAAAAAGGACAAGGAUGCUAAGGAAGAGGAGAAGAAACCAGCUGAGAACGGUGAGAAGAACGGGGAAAAGAACGGUGAAAAGAACGGUGAGAAGAACGGUGAAGAACCGCUCACUAACGGUAACAGCGAUGAAGAGUCAAAGGAGAAGGAAAAGGAAUCUAGCUGAAUUAGUUCUCCCGAGGACUGAACAGAUAAACCACCGCCAAUUGAUUAUGUUAGAGUUGAAGCUGUCCCUCGGGCGUCGCUGGCUGCGCGGCGCCCGCUUGUGUUGCCUCACGCCUUCUCUCCUUACAACUAUACAAGUCUGAUUACCCGACCUCGUUCGAUCGCGCCUCCUAUUUAUAAAUGUUUUCCAUCAUUGUACUCAUCGCAACAGGCGAUCGAACGACGUCGCACGCUAAUUUUAGUUUUUAAUAAUUCGACUUUCAUCACAUUCUCCUAGUUUUGUUAGAAUUAUUAUACAAUUAAUCGUUUGAAAUGCGACAGCGAAACUACAAUGAAUUUAUGUUUUAAUCAAUUAUUCUUUUAUAAAUUAAUUUCAUAAUUUGGCCUAAGUUAAGAAUCGUCUCAGAUUAUAAUACAUACAGUCUUUUUUUAUUAUAGUUUAAUGUUUAAGACUUUAUUUUUAAGAUGAGAUAUUUUAAUCUGCAGUUAUUUUGAAUGGCUAUUGUAUAUCUAAGGUGCAGAGAUGCUUAAUCUUUAUGUAUGUUAAGCUUUAAUAUUUUAUUAGUAAAUGUUUAAAAUUUGGCCCAGGAAAGCCACACCGCACCGCCCGGGUCGCGUCCGACAGUCUGUUGUCAGCGACUAACGAAUGAGAAACCUUACGUGUGAUAUUUUGUGGUAGGUAUGCUAGAUGUUUUGCGGUAUUUUUAUGCUGCCUUUACAUGACAUAUUAUUUUUAUAAUUUUGGUCUUAAAAACGAUUUCUUUAUAUUUUUAUACUUAACGUUUUGUAAAUUAUUUUCUAGUUAAGAGAUUUCACUGAGUUUAGUUGAACGCACCGGUCGUCGUGUACUGACACGAUGGUCCGCUUAGGAUCUGCUCUCGCUUGAGUCUUCAACUCCCGACCCUCGACUAGGACGAGCUUAUACUAUCCAAAUUGUGAAAUAUUUUUGUGGCUAAGUUCAUACAAACCUACAUAAUCGAUGUCGCCUAUCAUGUAAGUAAUAUUUUUAUAUUCCAGUAAUAACGACUGUACCGCGGUCUCAUCUCAUAAUAUGAAGCUUGUUAUGUAUCUUCACACAAUUAUCACAUAUCUACUCGAACAUACACAUUCACACGAUAUAUAUUAGGAUUAAUAUUUUGAUACCAAUAUUCACUGCAUUUCUUUUGAUAUAACUAGCAUAUUGUAUUUGUCUACCCCUUAUUUCUUAUGGUUGUAACAUUUUACGGCCAUAUAGUGUACAGUAUGGUUGUAGGUUUAUGUACCCAGUACUACUUAAAUAUUUUAUCUGUAAAACACAUAUCAUGCGGAUGUAAAAUGUAACUCUCAGAGGCUGAAACGUAGUCCGGAGCACCGGAAUAAAACACCACUUGCAUCCACUCUGCUCAACACUAGUGACGUCACCGCGCUCUCUAAUAUAUGUGUGUUCAUACUACCGCCGACUUCUUUGACAGACUUGAAUUUUUAUAAACUUUUACCCUUUUUGAAGGUUUUUGCAAAAGCAUAGUUUGUGAGCGCGUGUUGUGAUCCGAUAGUCUCGCUUCCAGUAUCCGGUGCGUGGUACCGACUGCGCCGUGUGACCGUAGAGUCGAGUGGCUGGCAACACCGGAGAGGCCCUCGACGACUCAGUUAGGUAGCUUUUGUAUCGUGUAGUGGCUGAGGAGCGGCUGCGAUGCUGCUUGUUCGUACGGUGGCUUGGUGCUAGUUUCGUAUCGUAUGCGGAUACUUCUCGCUUCAGUGUCUCGGACCAAUAUCUUAAAGCUACUUUUAGUCUUCUUAUCAGUAAUAUUCUUCGCUUUGUGUGUCAAAUAUGUGCGAAUUUCUCGUAAUGUAAACCUAUAUUAAUUAAAUCUUGUGUAUAUCGACCUGUAUAAUGGUUUAGAAUUAUCUCUGAAUUUUCUUCUAUAAGGAUAUUUGAUGAAAUUCAAUAGAAAUAAAGCUGGGGUGACUGCGCCGUUUGUGAUUGUGUCCAAAUUGUUUGUAGGUUAGUAUCGAAAUUGAUGCCAAUAUUUAUUAACUGGAGGAUGGGAAGAGAUGAGAGGGGAGAAACUCGCGCGGUCACGCCAGCAGACUCAUAGCAGACUGGGUCGUUAUUGUAUUACACAUUUAUUUUUAUAAGGGCGGGCCAGUGUGAUAUCUAUACUAUGAAAUAAAUAAAUAAAUAUGUAUGAUCUGUAAAAAUGCUUA